CUGCCCUAGGGUUUUUGCUCCAUCUCUUCGUCGAAGUCUCACUCAUUCUUCGCCGGCGGCUUUGCCAGACCGCUGGCUAUGUAAAGUUUUGUGUAUAAUUGAUGAGUUUGACGGCAUCUUAGUAUGCAUCAAGAUUCCGGCGCGAUUGUAACGUAAACCCACCCUCCGAUCCUCGUUUUUCCUCUCGCACUGUGCUCUCUUGCUGCCACACUACUUCCUCUCUACCUACUUCUCCUCGCUGGAUGUCAAGGGGUUGAGGGAGUGCUUAGGGCGAUAGUGAGUAGAAGCCUCAUCCUUUUUCUGGUGCACGCUUCUCUCGCUUCUCAACAAAGUAGCGAUUACAAUGGGAAAAGCGAUUGCUUGCGCCGACAAGGAGGUUAUUGCUGAGAUUGUGAGACUAACUCAAAAACAAGGACUGAAAGGUGCUAAAGGAGGAUGGAAGGAUUUUCUAUAUUGUCAUGAUGGGAAAUUUGGAUCUUGUUUAAGUGACCCAACUAGGAGGACAAGAGAGCUCUUGGUUGAUUUUUUGCAGACAUUUACAAAAGAAGAACAAAAAGUGUUCAAUAAAAUGAUAAGAAGGAACAAUGAUCAUAAUGCAAUGAAGCAGUUCAUCAAGGAUUGUUUACAUCUUGAGUCACCUAAACAGAGGUUGGUCCGUUUGACAAUGGAACAUCCAAAAUACACAAAACACUUCUGUUUCCCAUUCUAUGAUGAGGAGUGGGUAAUUACUCACCUAGGUGAAAUUUAUGAAGCAACGAAAUCAGAAACUAUGCUUGCAGUUGAUUGUGAGAUGGUCCUUUGCCAGGAUGGUACUGAAGCAGUGGUGAAAGUAUGUGUGGUAGAUCAAGAUUUGCAGGUCAAACUUGAUCAGCUUAUAAAUCCCAUGAAGGCUAUUGCUGAUUACAGAACCAACAUUACUGGGAUAUCUUCAGAGGACUUGGAAGGAGUAACUUGCUCCUUAGCCGAUAUACAGAAACCUUUGAAGAAACUUUUAUCACACGGAACUAUCCUAGUGGGCCAUAGCUUGUAUAAUGAUUUACGAGCCCUGAAAGUGGAUCACCUUAGAGUCAUUGACACCUUGUGCAUCUUCAAGUUUGCAGGUUUACCUACCUAUACACCUUCCUUGAACACAUUGUGCAAGAUAGUGUUGGGUUUUCCAGUUCGUAAUGAUGGGGAAUCACAUAAUUGUCUUAAUGAUGCACAAGCUGCUAUGAAACUAGUUCUUGCUAAGCUCGAACGUGGAUAUGAGGAUCCAAUUGAUAGCACAGAUGUGGAAAUACCUCAGUAUGACUUGGCAAAACUACUGCUACACAGGAUACCACUUGAAGUAUCUUCUCAAGAGUUACAGAGGCUGUUUUCUCAAGAAUAUGAUGUCACAGUUGAGUCUGCUACGAGGCAUCGAGGUGAAAGUUAUUCGACAUAUGCUGUCUUCAAUAACUCUAUAGAGGCAGAUGAGGCAUUCAACAAAAUUAAUGGCUAUUUAACUAAGGAUUCUUAUGGUCGACCCCAGAAAUGCGUCUUUUUGAAUCUUAGUAGUGGAAAAAAAAUCCAGUUGUGUGUCCGCAAGAUGGCUAAUGGCCUAGAUGUGUCAAAGAGGACACCCGAUGAGAAUGCUGAUUCCAUGCAGCAACAAUCAGGAGAUGACACUGUCACAAAAAAGUUAAAAACUUGUUCAUAUUCCUGUGACUAUAUUAAGGAGAUUGAGAAAUUGAAAGCAGAUUUGCAACAAAGGGAAGAGGAAAUAUUUAAUUUGCAAAAGGCUCUCUCUGAAGCUACCAGAGAGCAACAUUUGUGAUAGGAAUCUGUCAUCAUAAAAAAGUUGUAAAAUUAAUAUUAACAUCAUUAUGAAUUUUCA